CAUCGGUGUCACGUUGUAAAAUGGAUGGCAAGGUUGAGAGUGCCGUUGGGAACACAGACUCUCAAAGCGAAAAUGUGCAACCCACGUCGAGAAAAAGAUUUCGGAAAGAAGAAAGCAAAAGCAGUAGUGACUCUGACAAUGAUUAUACACCGUAUGUACCACUCAAGGAGCGACGGAAGCAACAGCUUGGCAGGCUGGGCCGUUUACAUGCCAUCUUGUUGGAGGAAAAACGUGACAAAUCCAGCACUGCUACUGAUGAAGAUGAUGACCAGCGAGAUGAAUAUGGCCGUAAAUCCAACAUCAGUCUGCUUGACCAACACACAGAGCUCAAAAAGAAAGCUGAAGCUCGUAAAGAGAGUGCACUGGAAAAGCAGCUCAAGGAAGAAGAGAAAAUCUUGGAGAGUGUAGCUGAACGAAGAGCACUCAUGGGUGUGGCGGAGUUGGCCAAAGGCAUCCAGUAUGACCAGCCUAUCCAAACAGGGUGGCGUCCCCCAGCCUACCUGGCCAAUGUGACUCUUGAGCAGCAGGAGAAAGUGCGCCAGAAGUAUCGAAUCCUGGUUGAAGGCGAGGGGAUUCCUGCACCAAUCACAACAUUCAAGGAAAUGAAGUUCCCUCGAACGAUUUUGAGCAGCCUACGUCACAAAGGCAUUACAAAGCCCACUCCAAUCCAGAUGCAAGGUCUGCCAGCUGUGCUCUCUGGACGUGACAUGAUUGGCAUUGCCUUUACUGGGUCUGGCAAGACCCUCGUGUUCGUGCUACCCCUGCUGAUGUUCUGCCUGGAACAAGAAAAGCGGCUUCCCUUUAUUCAGAAUGAGGGUCCAUAUGGCCUUGUGGUGUGUCCUUCGCGUGAGUUGGCCAAGCAGACAUUUGAAAUUGUGACCUUUUUUGUCCGUGACUUGGAGGGCGCUGGCUACCCAAGCCUUCGAGGCUGCCUCUGCAUUGGAGGCACUUCUGUGAGGGAGCAGCUUGAUGUGGUGCGAAGGGGUGUGCACGUGAUGGUGGCAACGCCUGGCCGGCUCAUGGACAUGUUGGACAAGAAGAUGGUGAACCUGGACAUGUGCCGCUACCUGUGUCUUGAUGAGGCUGAUCGCAUGAUUGACAUGGGCUUUGAGGAGGAUGUCCGCACAAUCUUCUCUUUCUUUAAGGGCCAGCGACAGACCUUACUCUUUUCGGCCACCAUGCCCAAGAAGAUCCAGAACUUUGCCCGCAGUGCCCUGGUCAAACCCAUUACAGUGAAUGUAGGGCGGGCAGGGGCAGCCAGCUUGGAUGUGGUCCAGGAAGUCGAGUAUGUCAAGCAAGAGGCCAAGAUUGUGCACCUGCUCGAAACACUCCAGAAGACAGCACCACCAGUUCUUAUUUUUGCUGAAAAGAAACAAGAUGUGGAUGCCAUUCAUGAGUACUUGCUGCUCAAAGGUGUGGAGGCAGUGGCCAUCCAUGGUGGCAAAGAUCAGGAAGAGCGGUCACGAGCAGUGGAUUCAUUUAGGCGGGGCGAAAAAGAUGUUUUGGUUGCAACAGAUGUGGCAUCAAAGGGUCUCGACUUUGAGAACAUACAGCAUGUCAUAAAUUAUGACAUGCCAGAAGAUAUUGAAAACUAUGUGCACCGAAUUGGCCGUACUGGACGUUCUGGUCGAGUGGGAAUCGCAACAACCUUCAUCAACAAGUCGUGUGAUGAGUCUGUGCUCUUGGACAUGAAACAUUUGUUGCUGGAAGCCAAGCAGAAAGUUCCACCCUUCCUUCAUGCUCUGCAAUCAGAGAAUGAGAAAUACCUGGAAUUGGGAGAAGAACGUGGUUGCUCCUACUGUGGUGGUCUUGGGCAUCGCAUCACCGACUGCCCCAAGCUGGAAGCCAUGCAGAGCAAACAGGCAUCCAACAUUGGCCGCAGAGAUUACCUGGCCAAUAACAGUGCCGACUGGUGAAGCAGCCAUUGGUCACAUUUCAUCAAAGCUUGCAGAUUUUUACAUCAUGUUGUAUGAGGAUACUGAUUUUGGAUGCCUUUUUCUUUUUAACAUUGAAAAGGAAUUGUGUACAUAAUAAAGCAUUCAUGGUGUA